AUGGACUACUUCUUCGUGCUGAAGAAGCAGGACCUCUCGGUCAAUAUUGACAUGCACAAUGAGAGAAUCGAAGGGAGCACCACCAUGACCCUGGCCCUGUACAUGCCCAUUUAUUAUCUUUACGAUGAGGAAGAUUUUGCCAAGGUCAACUAUGACAUUAACAAAGUUCGAAUUAGGAGAGACACAUACUGCUGUGAAGGGGGUGAUAGCCAAACGGGGGAAGAAGAAGAGGAGGACGAGGUGCAGGGAGAAGAUGAAGGGGGGGACACCAUAGAUCCAGGGGAUGGCCAAAUCACCCAGGGGAGAAGAGGUGACCAAGAGGUGAGACACAACAAACAUGGCAAUCCUGGAAAGCACAUCAAGCACGGAAAAGACAGAAAGAACAAGAAGCACUCCAGAUACGCCGCGUUAAACGGAGGAGACUCACAGGAGGAGGCCUCGCGAGACGUCCCCCUACUGGAGGACAAAGCCUACGCCAAGUUUAUGAAGAAAAAGAAAGAAAGAAAAAUAUUCGUCAUUCUUGAAAUGCCACACAAGAUCAACUCGAGUUCUUACCAGGAUGUUAAAAUGAAUGGAAAAGAACAGGAGAGGUACUACAUCAUAUAUAGCAGCUUGAGGCAUGGGAACGAGCCCUAUGCCCAAGGUGACGCCGCAGGGUGGGCAAAUCGGAAGUAUGGCCAGUACGGUGCGGACGGCCAUCGCGACCAGCACUGCCGUUAUAACUUGUAUAAACGUAUUGGACACAGUGAGAUGCCAGGUCAAGGCGCAGGAGAGAAAGAGGCGGGACCCCCAGACGGCAUAGCAACAGAUGGAGAAACAGAAAAGAGGGAAAACUCCAAGUUGAAGUUAAAGUUGAAGCAAGUCAAUUUUGCUCACUCGAAUGGACGCAGUAAUGAAAAUGGAGAACUCGCCAAGGGUUAUGGAUACCCCCCCUGGGAACACACCGAAGGGGGGGAAGACGACGGAUUUCCCGAUAAUCACAACAGAAAACGCAUCCCAAACAUCCUAGACUUGGUCUCCUUAAACAAAUACACAGAAGAAAAUCACCUCCAGGGGAACAACUACAUGUUCAUAACGAUAGAAGACGAAAUAUGGAACAAGGAAAAGGAAAAAAAUUACAACAACUGGAAAAAUUUCUGUCAAGGAGAAACAGUUACAGUAAAGAGGAAGGGAGAAUACCACGUGAAGAUUAUAAUAGAAAUAAGUCUGACAUUUUCCUUCUUCAAUUUAUCAUCCUCCUUUAACAAUCUCUAUUUUAACAGAAGUGAAAACUUACUGCUAGCAUUACAGAACUAUGCCUGUAACUGCGCUUGGUUCCCCACUUUGUCAAAAAUGAAUAGCAUUUAUGGGAGAUGCUCUUGGAGACUUCUCUUCAAAAUUGAAAAACCCUACGUGGUUAUAUCGUCCAACAGUCUAAUAAAUGUGUACGAGGUUGGCAAUGCGAACUUCUUUCUUUAUAAGUCGAGUAAUCGAAAUGGCAAAUUGGCUCCCCAUGAGAUCUCUCUCUAUGGUGGUAGCUUCGAUUUCCUUCACUUAAAUAAUCUAAACCUUAAAGAUUUCCACAAAAUAAAUUACGAGUUUUUGUACAAAACGGAGACGGGCUCUAGAAGUAACAAAUUCUAUUCGGCUGAUCAGUACGGGAAGGCGAAGGGCAAAGGGGGGGGAGGUGACUCUGGCAGGAUGGAGAAACUCACAGAGGGUACGAUGCCGCCCUCCAGGGAGAACAUCUUCUCUGGGGGAAAGACCAAACGGAGGUCUUCAAUGAAGCGGUACUACGUCGACUCGGAGGAGAGCAGCGAGGAGGCCAUUAAUGUGGACAACGCAGACGGGGUGAAUAAUGCAGAUGGUGUGAAUAAUGCGGACGGUGGGAACGAUGCAGACGGUGAGAACGAUGCGGAUGGUGGAAAUAAUCCGGACUGUGUGAUACUGGUUGGUCACACCGCCGCCCCCCCCACGAGCGAGUACCGCGAAAAAGGCAGCACGAAGAAGAAGGAGUGCUGCAGCUACUACGAACGAGUGAAGGAUAAAGUCGUGCCAAACAUAUUCAUCUUCACCUUAAAAAAUUACAAAGACGAAAUGGUGCAUUCCAGUUAUCACAUCGGAUACGUACUGCGAACAUUUCUCGAGAUGAGUAAAGAAAGCUUCCCCUUCGAAAACAUCACAGUUUUAUUCCUCCCUCUAGCCUUUUUAAAUUUCGAGAAUUACCCCUCGUCGGAAAGUAUCGAAUGUUCCAUCAGUGCCCACACCUAUGAGGAUAUGAAGAAUGGUUACAGUCUCUUCGCCAACAGUAACCUGUUAAAUGCAAAGUUAUCCGAACCUUAUAUUUUUCUCGGCAACAAUAAGUAUUUUAUCUUUGGAAAUGUUAUUGUAUUCUCCACUCAGAUUUUGCACUCCUUGUAUGACACCCUUUUUAACAUAAGUCUGUAUAGUUACAAGAUUGUCAUGGCAGAAGGGCUGCUCUCUCUUUGCUUUGACCACUACGCGGACGUAGUGAAGGACGAAAAUAUCCACGUGGUGUCUAUGCUCAAGUGCUUAAUCCUGCAGAAGUAUUUGGAGCAGAUUUUCGGGACGAUCGAAAUGAAUGUCAUUUUUUACGAGCUGAGGGAGAGAUACUGCUCCGUCGUGGAGCUCUUCGGUGAUGUGAAUUUGUUUUACCAUUGUAGUAAGGACAGGGGGAAAUCCUUCACGUCGUCGCAAGUGUGGAAGACGCCUGCCGAGACAGCGUCAACCCACUCUAACAUUCCACCCAUGGGGGAUAAUGUCCCCACCUACAGCCGAUCCCCCUAUGCGAUAAACCACCUGUUCUUCCUUAAAGCGUUCCUCUGUGUCCGGAUUUUCUUCAACAUAUUGAAGACCUUCUCCUUCUGUGCGUCCAUUCACCAAUACUGCUUUUCGCUCUUCUUUUCCUACGUCAAGCGGAACGGACGGGUGAUCAGUUCGUCCAAGUUUUGGAAGCAGGUCCUCGCCGAGUGCACGCGGAGAUACAUAGAAAGCUACAAGCAGCUCCCCAAGAACAAGUUCAAAAUGAAGAAGAUCGACCUGCACGCUAACUCCAGCGAACUCAGGACAGACGAGCACGAGCAGUAUCAGCUCCUAGAAAAAUAUUUCUCGCAAUUCCUCCAAACGUACAUUAAGGGCUACGGAGUCUGUCAGUACAUCCUAACAUUCAACGUGCACCUACAGAGAAAAGGGACUUCCAUGGACAGCUUCAAUUUUCUGGUGAGCCAAAACUCCAUUAACCCCUUCAACUUUGUGAAUGAGAAUUUCCACUCUGACUACUUCCUUGCUGAGAUGGCAUCUACCAGUGUGUACAACCUUCUGGAGCUGAAUAAGCACAUCGAUUCGAAGAGCGAUACACAUGGGGGGAAGCACAACAGUCGAAGGAACAAAAUGAUUAUGCACGAUUAUCUGGACAGAAUCUACUACGAUAAGCUCUCCGAAAAGGGGUCCCCAAGUGAUUACUUCCACCAUGAUUUGGAGAAACACUUCCUCACCUUUUUAAAGCAAAAGAAGAACAUUCAGGCAAACCACUUUUAUGAAUAUCAUGAGGACCUGCUCAGCCGGAAAGCCAACGAUUUGCUAAACAGAUACGUCAUGAAGAGGAAGCCUAAAACUUUUUCCUUCCUCCCGAGUGCCACGCUUAGGAAGAUGGGGCUCCCCGACGUGAUGAGCACCACGCGUAGUAGCAAAGUUAUCAGGCGCAGAAACCCCAUCGGCUAUGUUCCCAAGAGGGAGGAACAGGCACUUCGCGAACCAGAAGUCACAACCCCCCUUCAGAGUGAAAACGAAUAUAAUUGGUCUAGUGCAAAUCGCCACACGGAAGGCUCAAUAGAAGGUUACCCCCAGAAUGACCAGACGGGGGGCGCUCUUUACAGAAGAGCGCCGUAUAGUGAAAUGAUCAGCAGUGAAAUGCCCCCCGGUGAAGUACCUCCCAGUGAAGUGCCCCCCAGUGAAGAUGCUCCUGUGCAAAGCGACGUCUUCAAAAAAAGGAAGGCAGAAAAAUUAAGGAAGCGUCUAAGAAUAUGCAGAAAUUAUAUUUUAAGAAAAAAAAAAGAGUUAAUCAAUUUGCCCUACUCUAAUUAUGAUAGCUUGGAACUCAUCGCAAGGGAUGGAAACUUCUACCUUGGUUUCGGAUACGUAGGGUCCGAUGACCUCGCCUUGACCACUGGGAAAGGAAACCUGUACAAUAAUAUCAUCGCGUAUCAGAAAUUUAAAAAUUGUAAUGUGAAGAAGCUAAGUGAGUUGUGUGUAGACAAGCAUCACAUCCAUGAGUACAACAGCACAACUCCCUUCCACACCAGUUGCAUCUACCCGCAGUGGAGAACGACCCUUCGCUUGUUCUACUACCUGCACCUCCUGGGAAAAAUUCAAAAAAAAAAGAAGCUCCUAAGACGCGCUAAUGCUCCCGCGCUGGAAGCCAGGGAAGAAGACGAAAUUGACAUUUUAGGCCAUCGGGACAAACACGCGGAGGGGAAGUUCCAUGCGGACAAGCAAAGGAGAAAGAAGCAAAAAAAGGAGAGGAAAAGAAAGGAGAAAAGAAGAGACAGAUACGGGGGGAGCCGCCACGACGGCGCCCGAUACAGGCACAGGAAGAGAAAGAAGCGGAAAAAAAUGGACACAAUGGAGAGUGUGAAAAGUGUAGAAGACGUGGAAAGCGUGGAAUACGCCAGAAGCGUGGAAAACAUGGAAUACGUAGAACAAGCGGAUCGGGCGAGAGGUCUGCCGAACGGUGGAGAAGACGACGAGGAGGAAGAAGAAGAAGCGCAGCGGGGGGGAUAUGGCGGCGACGUGAAUGCCCUCAAUCACCCAACUUACAGCACGCUCCAGAGUAUCACUAGCAUCAAUUUUGACUAUCCGUACGCAGGGGACGUGAUGGGGGGGGAAGAAACCGCCACGCCGUACGAUCCCAUCUUGGAUGAGGAAGUGUCCGUGGGGAAGACCCAGAGGAAGCCCAAAGGGGAGUACAUAGAUGAGAUAAGCCAAAUGGAGGGUGACGUAGCGGUGGACGGAGAGGCGGACGCAUCUUCCUACCCAGCGGGUUACUUACCUCGCGGAGGCGAAUCGAAGAAGGAAAAGAAAAAAAAAAGGGAAAAGCGAAAGAUCAAGAAAAGCAAGGAAAAGAUAAGAACCAUGAGGGAUCUCCUCCUGAACAACAAACUGUACGCGGAGAACUACCUUAACCCCUAUGUGGCCAACAACAUGCCAAUCUCCGUAGACGAAAAUAAGUUCUUCUUUUGCUUUCUGAAGAUAGAAAUUGUGGAAGAUGACGGAGUAAGAGUCAUCAGAAAAAAUCUACUCGAGAACGUUACUCCGACCCGAUUCAGUGUAAAUGCCAGACCCGAAAAGGGAAGGAAAAAGGUGGCCUUCAAACAUGAGUCCAUAUCUAUGUCCAACCAUGAGCAGUACGUGAGUGGAAACUCCUUCGAUGCGUUUGACAGCUAUAUGAACGAAACGGUUAAGUUCAUUGGAGUUACAAAUGACAGUGAUAAGCACAUGAUUGAGUAUUGUAAACAGAAGGUCCUGAGGAAGGACAAGUCACUGAUGUGUCUUGAUAACAGAAAAUUAGUUGCCAAGAUUUGUAGCAAAGGUAAGAUUCCUCUACUCUGGAUUAGAAUAGAUAAUGACUUUUCCAUCUUGGGGAGAAUUAGAAGGACGCAAAGUGCCAGUAUGUGGAUUCAGCAGCUGCUCAAUGACAACAAUAUUUUCUCGCAGCUGGAGUCGUCCUUCGCCUUGGCCUUUAUCCCCUUCUUUUUCCUCCAGAGGAAUGUAGCAGGGGGGGAGGCAGCGGGGGACGUACCAGCAGCAGCAGCGGGGGGUGGAAUAGGAGAGGCAGUAGCACCAGGAGUAGCAGCAGGAGUAGGCCCCGCAGUCGCAGCCGUGAAUUAUAAGACCGAUCAAGACACCCAUGCAGAUAGCACACUCGGCAUAAAUAUGCAUGCCCAUGCAGUAGGGGCCUCCAACUCAGGGACAAACCCACCACACGACAUUGCAAAUAGCGGAGAUAACAUCGGCGAAGACUCCAUGCAGUUCAUCCAAUCUGUGCUCAGCACAAACAAAAGUGGCAAGCACAAAAAAAAGGAUUUCCACAUGGGGAAUAACCCAUUUAAUGUUGCAUCUGGUGCCACUCUAAAUAAUCAGCUCUUAAACGAUAGCUAUGACGUUUCACAUGGACAAGAAAAAAAUCCUCACAAGAAUCGCAUGCUCAACCGGGAAGUUACUUCCAAGUCUAUAGUAAAUCAGAACAACAUCGGCGCCCACCAAAACUCCAAAGGGCUAAUGAACAACAUCGUGAAUGCCAACUAUGCAGGUUAUGUAGCGGAGGAGGAAGAAGAAGACGAAGACGCCGCUUUGGAGCUACCCAACAGUGGCAACUAUGAAAAAAGGAAAAGUGCAAAUCCUGCUCGGAUCUCGAGAAAUGAAGAAGGUCCCAUGAAGGAUAAAAUGAGAAGCAGUCUGGUGAACGAUGGCAGAAAUGAUUUACUUAAAAUGGAUAGACUGUCAAGUCAUAGUAGCAGUUCUGGAAGCGAGACAGAUGUGUUGGACUGUAACUUUUCCACUUCCACUAUCGACGAUUUGAAUGAAAAUUCGAACGGAUCAGAACGUAAUUACUCAUCGUCUAGUUACAAGAAACAGAAAAAUUACAAAAAAAAAUGGAGCAGAAAAAUAUCCAUUGCAAAUAUUCCAAUCAAUGUUGAAGUGAUAAAGUGUCUCUACAAAUCCAUAACGGCAACAUACCUCCAUUACAUGGUAAAGAUUAGGUGCAUUUAUUCCCUUUGCUUUAUUCACAAUAGGUUCCUAUGCACUCAGAAGAUUAUUCAGAAUUUGUUUCUGGACUAUGCAGAUGAGUUUUAUGGAAACGAUCUGAAUCAGAAGAGGUUCAUGCAUGCGUUUUAUGUUUCCAUGUCUUUGUUAAGGAACAAAAAUAACCGGACUCCCAAAAUUAUCAUUUCUUUUUUCGCGCAAAAGUGCGCCAAUUUUGUUUACUCCCUUAGUCUCAGUGACAAGCACCAUUUGGUGCAUGACGCCCGGGGGGCCACUACGGCACCCUCUCAAAGGGUGCCCCCUCAGGAUACUUCUCCAAGAGAGAGUAACACAAAUCGGAUAGGAAAAUGGCCUCAAAAGGGGGAACUGCAGGAGGAACCGCAGGAGAAGCGUCCGGAAGAACCGCGCGAACUCGCCAACGCGUCCAAAACUUCCUGUGCGACGUCCUUCCCGCUGAUAUUCCCGCCCACGAUGAACGACGUGUACAGAAGCUACGACAACGUCAGCCUUAAGCAAGCAGAUGCACAGAGGGGGUCCUACUCCGCAGUUUUGGACAAAGAGGGACCCCUCAAAGAUUCCCACAAUGAACCCGAAAUGGACAUUGUAGUGGAGAGAAUUGCAACCCUGACGCAGGAUCAGCACGAAAUGUGCCAAGACGACGGAGACCUCUCCCGCAGGCGUACCCCCCAUUCGUAUAAAAACGCGCAGCAAAAACGGACAAGAAAAGUUACGUACGAGAAGGAGCUCCUCAUUCAGAAGGAAGAGGAGGAGGACAUCAAGAUGGUGCUGGAAUGCCUUGGCAACGUAAGGUUCAAAAGUGAGCAUCUCCCCGUCAGCGACCAUCUCAGCAGCAUCCACAGCGCCGUAUCAACCGGUACAACGAAAGACAACUCGAUGAGCAACAAGGAGUACCUUUUUUCCGAGUACCUCUCCAAUGCUACAGAGAGUCAGGCCCCCAACAGUGCAAUCAACCAAGAUAACAUUUUCUGCAGAAAGAAAAAAAAAAAAAACUACCACACGUACGAUUUCUGUAAUAUAGACAUUUACAAUAAUGAUGAAAAAAAAUUGAAAAAUCAUUUCUUGAGAUUAAAAAAAAAAAAAAAGAAUAUAACCAUAGGUAGGAACAGAAGCAUCCUUGACGCAUUCAAACGGAAGAUGUACUCGGAGUACAAAGACCAUUUCGAUUUUUGUAAUUGUCUGCCCAGUGAAUUUUCCCCCAGGGGGAGCGGAUCCAAUAUGAGUAACUUCAUUUCGGCGAGGAAUGCAAACUGGUUUCGCCUCGAAAUUGUGCGAGCUAUUCUUCAUUUGAUUCUACAUGGAAGCAUCCGAUUGUUUCAGGUAUUUUAUCGUCACACCCGUGAGGCGGACUCUCACGAUGAGAAGCGUACCCAGGGGGGUCCUCCCAAAUGGAAACCCGACUCCUUCGCAAGUGUCUACACAAAGGAAAAUUACUUUUUCGUAUCAGACUACACAAACUACGUGGAGAGGAAAACGAUAUGCAGCCAUGUGCUUAACAUUUACAGCGCCUUCCACUUCUGCCUCCAGAUUGUACAACUCUAUGAUGAUGCCCCGUUUGAAAUGCUCCUAUGGAACAGUCUGUACAAUAUGCUGCUCAUAUGCCAACAGAAACACCCCUUCUUCUUUUUACCAUUCUCGAAAAGGUUCUCCAAAUAUUUUAAAGACUACCAGAAGAGAAGCUACUCCCCCUUCGAGUUUUACUUUUUGCUUUACGGCUUGAGUGAUGUUAAUGCGUUCGAAAAGGAGAAUCACACUGGGGGGGGUAAUGAUCAGGGCGCUGCUCCUAAUUACCGCGGCGGGGCUGUUAAAGGGGGCUCAUUUACCGCCCACCCCCAUGGACACUACCCAGCCAAUGACCAGGUAGGAAACAUUUUAAAGCAAAAAUGCUGCUCCGAAUUAACCACGUCAAAAGGGACAAAGGAUGUUCAUAUCUACAAGUACAACAUUGUCGGCUACAUAAAGUUAAUCACAAUUUUGAGAAACGUCACGCACACAAAGAAACUGAAGAAGAAUUUCAUCCAAAUGAGUUUUAUCAAAUAUGUCGUCCGCUAUCUGCACUCCCUUUUGAGAUCCCUGAUUAUCUCUCUUUCCGCGGCAAAUGUAAACUACUUUAACAAUGCUAUCCUUUUUGAGUUAAAAAACAUUAUGGCCUUUUUCUUUGGCUACGGCAUUCCUCCCUGCUGCUCCACGGAGUACCCGCGCAUCUACCGCCCGCACUACGACCAGCUGCGAAGCAUAGCGAGCAAAGGAGUCCAAAUAAACGACGUUAUUAAGUUCCUCCGGACAUAUUACGACAACGAUAAACUCCUCGAGUGGAAAAUCGUCGCGUCGGAAUUCAUUAACGUCUUAAAAAACAUGAAAGAACUCCAACUCUUUGUGGACAGCCCAACCGUGUCUUUGCAAAAUUUUAAUUUCGUCAAAGAGGACACUUGGCUCACUCUGAUCGGCGCCAAGCUACGGAACGACAUUUACAAAUUACCCAUGGACCUAAAAAGAGACAUAAUGCUCCUUCUGAAGAACAUCCGCAUGGUCGACAUGUGCCGGGGGACGAAACACUACGAGCACAUCAACAACAUCUUUACCGUCUGCUGGUUUAUCAUUGUGAAAAUAUUUCAGAAUUAUGAAAAGAGCAAGUGA